GACAAAGGAGCGAGCAGCAUUCUCUGCCUGACAGUCAACACACUCCUCUGUGAUCCACCACUAGUCACCUUUUGCAAAUCUAUGCCCAUAAAACAGCCAAAGCAGGAUAAGGAAGAACUCAAAAUCAACACUUGUAAGAGGCAACCAUGGCGGACGCGGAGCCAUGGAAGACGGUCAAGAUACCCCCGAUCGUGCAGGAGCUGGCGACCGGCGUGCAAGAGCCACCGAGCCGGUAUGUGAUCGCUGAGCACAACCGCCCCGCCGUGGCUGCUUCUGAGAUGCCUGAUCCGAUACCCAUCGUCGAUCUCAGCCGGCUGUCUGACAACUGUGCUGAUGAGGUUGCCAAGCUGCGGUCUGCCUUGGAGAACUGGGGCCUGUUCCUGGCUGUUGGUCACGGAAUGGAACAAAGUUUUCUAGGUGAGGUGAUGAAAGUCGCCAGAGAAUUUUUCAAGCUCCCACUGGAAGAGAAGCAGAAGUACUCAAACUUGGUGAACGGCGACGAAGUCAGGAUCGAAGGUUACGGGAACGACAUGGUCGUAUCAGAGAAGCAGAUCCUGGACUGGUGUGACCGCCUCUACAUCAUAGUGGAACCUGAGAAUCGAAGAAUCUACAGCUUGUGGCCAACACAGCCUCCAUCGUUCAGAGAUAUUUUGAGCGAGUACACCGUCAGGUGCCAUAAGAUCGCCAACCUUUUUCUCCAGAACCUGGCCAAGCUACUCGAUUUACACGAGGACUACUUUGUCAACAUGUUCGACGAGAAUGCGUUGACAUACGCUAGGUUAAACUACUACCCUAACUGUCCCAAGCCAGACCACGUCUUCGGCAUGAAGCCUCACACCGAUGCCUCGGUGAUCACUAUCGUCUUCAUCGAUGAUAAUGUCAGUGGGCUCCAGCUUCAGAAUGAUGGCGUCUGGUACAACGUACCCAUUGUUCCAAAUGCAUUACUCGUGAACGUGGGAGAUGUAAUGGAGAUAAUGAGCAAUGGAUUCUUCAAGAGCCCGAUUCACAGGGUUGUGACCAAUGCAGAGAAAGAGCGGUUAUCUUUGGUGAUGUUCUACACGAUGAACCCUGAGAAGGAGAUUGAGCCACUGCCAGAGCUGGUGGAUGAGAAAAGACCGAGGCGGUACAGGAAGACAACAACUAAUGACUACAUAGCAAAACUCUUUGAAACUUUUGCUAGGGGGACACUAGCUAUCGACACGGUGAAGAUCUGAACCUGGUUCCGAAGUGUAGAAGAUUAGUCGCAGUGUGGUGAUAUUUCUUCCAGUGAUAUGUACUAUUUUCGUGGAGUUGGUUUAUGCUUCGACCUUCUAAAAUAAUGUGCUAUGAUGUAUCACCUA